AAAAAAAGAAAAUUCAAAAUAAGUCCCUGCCUGUGCCUGCGCCACUUCGAUAACUCGUCUCCGCAACAAAAAUGGCUAUGGCUGCGGCUGCGGCGGCGGCGGCUGCUAUGCCCCGCUGCCAUCCUUAUCUCCCCUCUGUCGGAUUCAAUUCAUCUCUCACCAGGUCGAGGUUUGGUGUUUCCAUCCAAUGCUCCGAUUCUAGUCGGGGAUUUGGCCCCAAAUCAAAAAAUCCCGACACCAAAAAAAUGAAGUCUUCCCCUAAGCAGAAAUCUUCCACCUCACCCAACCAGGCCCCUGGUUUGAGCUCUCCUAAAACCAACUACACUUCUUCUGAUGAUCUUGACUUCGAGCAGCGUCUCCAGGCUAUUAAAAAGUCCGCCAUUGAGCAGAAAAAAGCAGAAGAGACGAAAGUAAUAGGGGCAAUUGAUUACGAUGCUCCAACUGAGAACAAUAGUAGCACAAUUGGACUGGGAACUAAGAUUGGAGUUGGAGUUGCAGUUGUUACAUUUGGCUUGGUGUUUGCCCUUGGAGACUUUCUUCCUUCUGGAAGUGUUAGCCCUACCGAAGAGGCUGCCACAGUUAAUAAAAUUCCUGAAGAAGAGAGAGCAUUCCUUGAGAAGAGGCUGAAGGAAUUCGAAGAAACACUUGCCACUUCACCUGAAGAUUCGACUGCUCUUGAAGGAGCUGCAGUGACCUUAGCAGAAAUGCGGGAAUAUAAACGAGCUGCAACAUUGCUUGAAAAAUUGACAGAGAAGAAACAAAAGGAUCCUGAUGCUUUCCGUUUGCUCGGUGAAGUCAAAUAUGAGCUAAAAGAUUAUGAAGGAAGUGUUCUUGCUUAUAGGAGUGCUGAAAGGGCAUCUACGAGUGUUGACUUUGAAAUCCUUCGAGGUCUUACGAAUUCGUUGCUGUCUGCCAAAAAACCCGAUGAGGCUGUUAAAACGCUCCUGGCAGCUCGUGACAGGUUGAAUAAAGAAAAACCUAGUGGUGGAAAUGUGGAUCCCAUUCAAGUGGAGUUGCUUCUUGGUAAAGCCUACGUGGAUUGGGGCCACAUAAGCGACGCAGUAGCUGUUUAUGAUCAACUUAUAUCCAGCCACCCUGAUGAUUUCAGGGGCUACUUAGCCAAGGGCAUUAUGAUGAAAGAGAGUGGAAGUAUAGGUGAUGCUGAGAGAAUGUUUAUACAGGCACGUUUCUUUGCACCAGAUAAAGCCAAGGCCCUCGUAGACAAAUAUUCACGCUAGCUAGCUGAUGAAAUCAAAAGCAAGAAAGAGUUGAAGAAUUCUUUAUAUCAUCACCAUUGCUACUUUUACUAACUCUUCAGUUUGGUGUCCCAAAAAGAAAUGGCAGAGAGAUAUAUGGGUUUAUGAAAUCAAAUUUCAUGAUUAUGAUAAUGAUAAUAAUGUGUGUUCAGCACAUUACUUAUCA